GGGAUAAUUGUCAGAUGAUGUUAGCCUUAUGUGUCAUCAUAAACCAAACUAAAACGUAUUAUUAUUAUUAUUAUUAUUAUUAUUAUUAUUAUUAUUGUUAUGUCAGGGAGCAGGAUGACAUUACCGAGUAGACCGUGAGUUACACACGGAGCUCAGACCGCGAGAGAGCGCGUGUAACACCGUAAUGUGUCCGUGACAGAGUGUGUGUAACACCGUAAAGCGUCCGUGCUCUGAUCUGGGGACUGUUUUUAAACCGACAGGAUCAUGGAGCGCAUGUCGUCUCCGGUCAGAUACCGCAGCAACAAAAAAGAUCCUGCUUCUUUUUUAAUGUCUGAACAAAAAGCUGCAACUUUAUCAGAAAGGGAGUUGUCCAGUCUGUCCAUUGACGAUCACGAGGACAUACCGUUUCCUUACGCCAUGAGGGAUCUGCCUCCCGCCCCUCAGUCUUUCGAACUACGCCAUGCAGUGGGAAUCGGGGCGGCAACCAACGGGGGACACCCCAGCCUUCCUGGGAGCCCGCGUCUGCCCCGUCCCGUCCCGUGCCACGGCGUUGGCUCUCCUACUAUACCCCCGAGAAGAAAUCAUGUAUCAGCGGACGGAGACUUUGAGCCCCUGUUGCUGAGGAGGCAGCUUGUCUCCCAGGUGUCUUUUGACGCGCCGCUCAGCCCGGUCUCGCGUCCUCAAAGCCCCUGGGGACGCUUUGACCCCUAUGACUGUCCAGAGGAUCAGGACAAAGAGUAUGUAGGUUUUGCCACGUUGCCCAACCAGGUUCAUAGGAAGACGGUGAAGAAAGGAUUCACAUUCACGCUGAUGGUCGCAGGGGAGUCGGGCCUCGGUAAAUCCACACUAAUCAACAGUUUAUUCCUCACUGACCUCUACAAAGACAGAAAAGUCCCUAACGCCGAAGAGCGAAUCAGUCAAACAGUCGACAUCAUCAAACACACCAUUGGCAUCGAGGAGAAAGGAGUCAAACUGAGGCUCACCAUCAUAGACACACCAGGGUUUGGAGACGCCGUCGACAACACACAGAGCUGGAAGCAAAUAGAAGACUACAUCGACCAGCAGUUUGAACAGUACUUCAGAGACGAGAGCGGGUUGAACAGAAGGAACAUCCAGGACAACAGAGUCCACUGCUGCCUCUACUUCGUCUCUCCAUUCGGCCACGGUCUUCGGCCUCUGGAUGUGGAGUGUAUGAAGGCCUUGCAUGAAAAAGUCAACAUAAUUCCCGUUCUGGCUAAAGCUGACAGUCUGACACAAGCAGAAGUCUGCAGGAAGAAGAUGAAGAUCAGGGAGGAGAUCAAGCAGUUCGGGAUAAACAUCUACCAGUUUCCAGAAUGUGAUUCAGAUGAGGACGAAGACUUUAAGAUGCAUGAGCAGAUACUCAAGGACAGCAUCCCGUUUGCUGUGAUUGGGAGCAACGUACAGGUGGAAACUAAAGGCCGCAAGUUCAGGGGUCGAGUUUAUCCCUGGGGCGUCGUAGAAGUGGAAAGCCCGGCUCACUCCGACUUCCUGCUGCUGAGGAACAUGCUGGUGAGGACGCACAUGCAGGACCUGAAGGACGUUACACGGGAGACGCACUAUGAAAACUACAGAGCCCAGUGCAUCCAGAGCAUGACGCGCAUGGUGGUGCAGGAGAGGAAACGCAGUUUGCGUGAGAAGUAUCGAGAGAAGAGUGAGGCGGAUAUUCCUUUGCCGCUGGCCGUCGUUGACUGCGAGAAGGAGAGACUCAUCUUUGAGAAGGACGAGGAGCUGAGGAAGAUGCAGGAGGUGCUGGAGAGGAUUCAGGAGCAGAUGCAACACAGCGAGAGCGGUGGCUACUGAUUCUUCCAUCAGUCCCUCAGGACAGGAGACAAACAAGGAGCCGCAGAGAUCAUAGAGGAGAGAGAUGGACAUCGGCCAUGAUGAGUUAUGACGUUCCAAUCCAAAAUUUCAUGUAAACAUUUCAUUUCAGCCUCUACAGGUCGAUUGGUUGAUCCAACUCUUUCCAAAAGGCCCAAUGGGGCAAAAAAAUGUGUGAACCAGGGGUUGCACGGAUAUUUCAAAUAUUUAAAGUCGACACAGACUAGUGACUGAUGACGUCAGUAAUAAAAACACAGUGGAAAGUAAAGCAGCACUACAAUUAAUUCUAUAUUCUUGAUCUGAAUACAUACGCUGAAAACAAACAGCUCAUAAACUAGAUACUGUGAGCUGCAGAUAUGUAUAGCCUGUAUAAAAAUAGGCAGCGACUCAGCACCAUCAGUAGCAUUUAAUAGCAUAGCUGGGUUACAAAAAAGAUAAAGAUGUGAUAUUUCUCUGAAGCCUUCUCUGUGUAUAAAAGCUAAAGGUCUAACAACUUUCAAAAAAUGGUUGAUGUGCAGCCUCAUUCUCUUUGUUGUGAAGCUGUUAAUUAACUGGGGUUAGCGGAUGCCUUUUCAUGGGAGUGUACAUUGCAGUAGUACUUUAGUUGUAUUUCAGGACUGAUGUAAACAUUCUGCAUGUUACAGCUUCAUCUUAAUGAAUCUUUGCUAGUCUUACUGCACCCACUCGGCUCAUCCUCACUUGUCUUCUCGGAGGCGUCCAUGUUGUUACUGUCACGUGAUCAGUCACUAGUCGACAUCACGCUUAAAAUGUCACAGCACAGGAGUCUGUACAACCCCUAGUGCGCACGUUACACUAAAACAUUGUUGGCUCACAUGCAGCCAGGAGACCCAUGUUCCAGUGUUGGCUUCUAAUAAAUAAUUACUUACUAUUAGUUUUCAAACACUUUCAAACACAAGCACACAAAGUGGUUUGACUCCAACCACAUAGAAACAAUCAGGUGUUUACAUGGUGUUAGGAGCUAACAUUUUCUGGAUUACCAAAGGCCUUGUGAUCAGGCUGAGGUGGUUACAUGAGACAUUUUUAUUCUGACUGGGGUAUUUCUUCAAAUUAUUAGUGUAAACACAGCAAACUUCCCAAGGUGAUCUGUUUAUUAGUUACCAGUACCAGAGCCAUAUAUUAGAGAGAGUCUGACCAACUGAAAUCAUGGCCGCCAUGUUUGCUACCUCGGAGAGAAGAUUCUACAGUGUAACGCUGUGGGGUGGAUGUGCUGUGUUGAAAUGAAUUUCUUAUUUUCACCAUUAAUGGGGCUAUAAAUGUUACUGCCAACGUCUGGCAAUAUGUUAAAAACCCUCACUUAAAUAUAACAGCAUUAAAUGGACAUAAAUUACAUGCACACGUGGGUUUCACAGUAUAUAGGACGAUAGCUGCUAUUUUUCCAAGCCUUUCGUCUAAAAAAACUAGCUAGCAUAAGGCUAGCAUAAGGCCUUGUUAACUUCAAACUUUGUAAAGCAGUGUAAAGCAGUGUUGGGCAUUUUUGACAGUCCAUUCCCUAGUUGGCCAGACUCGCUCUGAUAUACGACUCUGACUAUUAUGAUGCAACACUGCCACCUAGUGGUGGCUGUAGUUUUACGAUUGUUUUUAAAUACUUAAGUUUUGUGUUUUCUAACUCAUGAGUUACUGAUUUUCUUUCAUUUUCUAUU